AAUGUCCACUUCGGCGAACAAAUCCAAAGCAUUUGCUAAAUUCAAAAUUGUAUUUAUUGGCAAUCAAGCUGUUGGUAAGACAUCAAUCAUUGCUCGAUUUGUAUAUGAACAAAUCCCUUCAUCACAUCAAGUAUCAAACAAAUUGUGAUAAUAGCCUACUAUUGGAAUCGACUUUCUUUCAAAAUGCAUUUAGGUAGACAAUAAAACAGUAAGAUUGUAAUUAUGGGAUACUGCUGGCUAGGAACGUUUUAGAUCGUUGAUUCCAUCUUAUAUAAGGGAUUCUCAUGCUGCUGUACUUUGUUAUGAUGUUUCAAGUAUUAUUUAAAUUUAUGCUUUUAGAUACCUAGUCAUUUGCAGAUAUAAAAUCAUGGCUUGAGUAUGUAAGAGAAGAAAGAGGAUCUGAUGUAUUGGGUGUACUCAUUGCAAAUAAAAUUGAUAUUGAAGAAAGGUUAAGUAUUAAUUAAUUUAAGAGUUGUAACAACAGAAGAAGGUGAAAAAUUCGCAAAAGAACAAGAAUUACUCUAUUAUGAAGUCUCAGCUAAGGAGGGAACCAACGUUUAAUCAACUUUUAAGAAUCUUGCCUUGAAACUCUUUGGUCCAAUCCAAGAUGUUGAUUAGCCAACUACUUUAAGUUAAUAAGAUUCUAAUUAAGUUCCUUAAUCCACUAUUGAUGGCAAAAUUUAAUUAAACAAAUAAAGCCAACAAAACCCUUAAACAGAUUAAUAGAAAUGUCAAUGUUGAU